GGUAUAUGACAGAGUGGGAUGAAGACAGUCUGCAGGCAGCACUGGCAGAAGCUCUUGAGGAAAAAGAAAAAGCAGCUGAGUAUGGACUACAGCUAUUGCACAGAAACAACCACCUUGAACUCUGCAAAGAGCAGCUGGAAAGUCAGAUGACUGUCAUGAGAAACAGCUAUGACGAAAUUAAACAGGCCUACAGUCAGCUGACACAAACACACAACAGAAUGUGUAAAGGCUUCGACCAACACGACCAGUCCAUAUUAUCAGAGAGCGAGGACAGGGAAAUAAGUUUGAUGGAGGAGCGAGAUCAGUUGAGAAAUCAGGUUAAAAGAUUGAAGAAAUCAGAGAAAAAGAUAAAGACCAAGAUGACCGAACUUAAUGGUCAAGUAGUGUAUCUGGGAGACGAGAUAGAGAAACAUAAGAUGACGCAUCGUACCAACGCCGAACAGAUGCGAGCUCUCAGAGCUAAAGAGAAAAAUUUUGAGGCCGACUACAGAGACCUGGUCCAGGAAAUAUGUCAGCUACAAAAGGAGAUGGGCGAGUUAAAACAGAGGGAGAACAAAGCUACAGGCCUCAUAGAGCUGAACGAAUCGUUACGAAAUAGUUAUGAACAAAAGCGAAUGGAGCUGCAAGAUAUUCAGCAAGUGUAUCAACACACCAAGGCUGAAAACAAACAGUUAUUGGCAGCCCUGGAUGCUGAACGAGAAGCUAAAGAAGUGUACCAGUGCAAGUUCGAAGAAAGCAUACGGAGUGAUGAUACAGAUGAUGAUGUCAGCGAAAUACCUACCAAAAUAUUGGGAUCUCCACACAGGAUGAGCAGUCCACCACUAUCGAGUGUAGCCCACGAGUUAGAAGCGGAGUUAGAGCAGAGUAUCCACUUGUCUCUGAUAGAUCUGGAGGAGCAGCUGGAGAAUGUAAACGAUGAGAAGUCUAGACUGUCAGACAUUGUAGAGCAACAUAAACGGGAGUUAUCGAAUUCGCAAGAGUUGUUAUCGAUAAAAGAUCUGGAGUUCCAAAAGUUAGAGAUAACUCUCCAAAAAAAUAUAAAACAAUUAAGUGAAAAAGAGGAAAUAGAACGAAGAUUCUACGUGAUACAAGAGUCCCAUCAGAAUAUGAUGAAUGACCUCAGCAAGGAUAUUAUCAGGUUAAAACAGAACAACAAUUCCCUGAAAACUGCAGAGUUUCUCAGUCACGAGACUAUUAUGCAGCUGAGAUCAGAUAUUGACAGAAUGGAGGCGAGAUAUUUUGAGUCAAAUAGUCAGGGUCUAAUCAACGAUCUACGGAAUGAGUUACAUAUCUUAAGAGAUCGAGAAAGAAUGCUUCUUUCCACCAUUACAAGUUUAAAAUCAGAUUUAUCACGUGAGAAUGACGAAAAACUAACUGCAAUGUACAUUGAACUACGAACUCUCUUCAAAGAUCUGUGCGUUCUAAAGCGAUUCUCUUCAUCACAGAAACUGUCCGACGAAUCAGAGGAGACUGAUGAAAGUUGGCUGCUUGCCCAACACAUAAACACGGACAAGGUUGUAGCCCUGCUCAAACAACAAGUUGCCCAAGUUAAAAGCACCAUAAACAGCAUCCUCAUGUCCCAAGUCUUAGAUUCGGGACUUAUCAAAACGGAGCACGAUUUGGAGAGUUUCAAGGAAAUUAUAUUGCUGCAGAAUGAAGAACAGAAAUCUAUCAGCGAGGUUAAAUCAAACUACGAACGGGACAUAUCAUCUCUUCGGGAAUACAACACCGAGUUAAAGUGUCGAAACAAGCAGCUUGAGCGCGAUAAACUAGAAUGGGACAGUCUCAGGAAAGUUUUUGAUAUGAAAUGCGAGGAAUACAUCGUUGAGGUCGGCAUAAUGGAGAAGAGGCUACGAGAAUCUGAACGUGAGCGUAACACGUUACAACAGCUUCUCCAGCAAAUCAUCCAAGACAAGAUCGAAUUAAAGCAAAAGAUAGAAUCUUUCGAGAUCGACCUUGAAACGACUUGGACUAAAAAUCAGUCCCUUUAUGCCAAAUUUGACUCGAAUCAAACCACUGGGUCCAAUCCUUCUGACUCUAAUCACGAUACUACGACCAAUUCGUGUGAUUCAAAUCACAAUACCACAACCGAUUCGUUCGAUACAGAAAGCUGCGGUGAUUUUCCAGUUAAGCAGCUUGAAGAGGCUUCAAAUAGUUCUGAGGUUUGAACGGAGAUUAUGUCCAUCAACUGCCAGAGGUCAUUUUAUAAUUGUUAAAAGGUUUUUACUACGAAUACGAUAAGUCAGUAACAUCAAUAUUCAAUAUCUUCGAGUUCACUGUUCAGUGUUCUGACCUCUGUCAAUAUAUCAGACUUUUCCAACUAAAGAACUAACAAGGCUUCCGGUUGAAUUAAAGAUAAUAAGUAAGAUUCAAAACAUUGAGAAUCAUCAGUCAGACUAUGUAGCUGAGCAAUCUACCCCUACAGAAUUGUUUAUUUAUUUUGCAUC